ACGUAUAUAUAUACCACCUUAUGCAUGUAUAACCUGCAGUCAUAACUUUAAGCUUUAAGAUAAAUAUUCAAAAGACAAGAACUAAACAAUAUUAUUACACUUGAGAAAAUUGAAAUUAUUAUCUAGGGUUUAUCUGUUUCUACGGGAGUACGUAAAUAGUAAGAAGAAGGUCGAAAAUCGAAAGAUAUGGGAAGAGCACCGUGUUGUAAUAGAGAUGGACUUAAGAAAGGUCCAUGGUUACUGGAGGAAGAUCAGAAGCUCAUUGAUUAUAUACAGAAAAAUGGUCCGGGAAAUUGGAGAACCCUUCCUAAGAAAGCUGGUCUUGAGAGAUGUGGAAAGAGUUGUCGACUUCGAUGGACCAACUACCUUCGACCAGAUAUCAAGAGAGGAAGAUUUUCAUUUGAAGAAGAGGAAGCCAUUAUUCAGCUCCACAGUGUGUUAGGCAACAAGUGGUCAGCAAUUGCCGCUAAAUUGCCAGGAAGGACAGAUAAUGAGAUAAAGAAUUAUUGGAACACCCACAUCAGGAAGAGGAUGCUUAGGAUGGGCAUCGAUCCCGUGACCCACACACGUCGAUUAGACUACUUAGACCUUCCUUCCCUCUUGGGCAACCACCCCUCUAUCCUUCAGAACUCCUCUGAUCAACUGAACUUGUUGAAGCUACUUGGUUUGCAAAGCCUAGUCAACCCCAACAAUCUCCUGACCCUUGCUUCUCUUCUCUCAAACAACCAAAACCAACCACAAAACGUAAACCUAAACAUUCUUCUACAAAAUCUUCAACCACAUCAAUUUUCCAACCCUUCUGAUCAAUUAUUAUCUCAAAACCAAUUUAUAAACAACAGUCAAGUUCAGAACACUAUACCUACUUGCUCCCCUAUGAUCACACCAUCAAACACUACAGUUUUCGACGAAACCAACACGAUGAAGACAAGCUUAAACCAUCAGCAGCAAUACCCAACAAAUUACUCGAGCUCGAAUGAGCAACUCUUUGCCGCCGCUGCGCAAACUAGUCCAUUGCUAAAUGAUCAGUGGCAACAAAACAGUAAUUCUGCAGGCUUCAGUUCAGAAGCUGCAGUAAAUAUUCAAGACAGUGGUAAUUAUCAAGCAUUAAUGGACUCAUUGCUAGACACCUUGGGCUUAAACUCGGCUAAUAAUAACACGAGCAACAAUCAUGAGGGUUUGAAGAUGCCUUCGUUGUUAUCCACGCCUAGCUCGAGCCAACAGACAACACCGCCUUUGAGUACUUCUAACUCGGCGUAUCAGCCCAACAGCAGCAGUACUACUACUACUAGCAGUGAAGAUGAGAUUGAUAGUUAUUGUGAGAAUUUGAUGAAUUUUGAUGUUUCUUUUGAUAUCUUUGAUAAUAAUGUUUUGUGUUUGUAGUAGCUAGUUUAGGAGAUCAUGUCAGUUUUGCUUGAUGUUUAUUUAUUUAUUUAUUUAUUGUUUUUCGGUACAUUUUGUAAACAGAUAAAUUUUCUUUCUUCAUUGUUUCAUUAUAUUGAAUGAGUUUUAGUUAGUGUUGAGAUUUUUUUUAUUUUAUUUUUUAUUUUUAAUAGAACAAAAGAAAAAGAAAAAGAAAUCCAAUGCACAUUUAAUUCAUAUACUCGCAAAGAGGUAGAUGGGUCAUGCAUGUUUUUAACUUGUAAUGUAGUGCAUGUUAAAUCACUUUCACAUAUGUAAAAAAUCGAUCUAUCAUCAAUUUUUAUUUCUA